AUGUCUACCCCGGCAUUAACCUACAGAAUGGCGUUUUACGGCCCCAGGCCAAUACCAAACCUUGACUCUCUACCCGUUGAGGUCGUGUUGCUUGUUGUCGAGUACAUUGGCUCGGACGGUGAAGCAAGACAUGUGAACCGAAAUCUACUCUCUUUAUCAAGAGCAUCAUGGCGUCUCGGCCGAAUAAUAACUCCUUAUCUUUACAAACACAAUGUGAAAAAUAUGGGAAGCAGUGGAUUCAAAUGGGCAAUACAGCGUGGCAACCUAUAUGUUAUCAAGACGCUAUUAGACUAUGGAGGAGACAUCACUUCUUUCGAAUCUGGCUAUCCACUGCUUAUGACCAUCAAAAAGGGAGAUGUCGAGCUUCUGAGAUUUGUUAUGCUUAAUGCCUCAGAAGAUGCUGUCACCCAGGCUCUUUCACAGGAGGUUGACGUUGACAAGAACACGUUAUUGCAUUGGGCGAUUUUUCUUGCCCAUGUUCCAUGUGUGAAGGUGCUCCUCGAGGCCGGCGUUGACAUGAGUGCCAUGAAUAAGGACGAGUACCGCCCAAUCGACUAUUUAUUUACAAGGUCACAAUCAGGAGUUGAUAGUCGCUAUGCUGAGGUUGUUAAACUCUUGCUUGACAGCAACCCUGUUGAGAUGGUCAAACCACUGGUAGACCAAAGGAACUUCAAUCUCCUUGGAAGAACAACCCCCUUGAUCUUGGCAGCAAAAAGCGGAUCUCUAGUGUCUGUGAAUGCUAUCCUCGAGGCCGCUCGCAGACAUAACACGGAAAAUUCCUACAGGAUAUACAUAAAUGAGGUUUGCACAUUAGGGGGUUGGACUGCUCUCGCCUCCAUUUGCGAUCCGUCUAAUUGGCCUGGCAGUCCAAGCGGACGGGAGCGAGUCCUUGCUAUUAUCAACACCUUGUUGCUGCAUGGGGCUGAUGUCAACGGAAUUGAUCAAGACAUGGAGGGUAAAGACAUGCUGCCCAUCUACAGGAGCUGUCUGAGGCCACCAUUACUCGACGAUGCUCACCAAAGACUUGGCACAACUAAGCUACAGCACGAUAUAAUAUCCCUACUAAUUGACAAUAACGCCAACGUCAAAGUGCGGAACUUCGACGAGUGGUUCCUUGACUACUGCUUUCCUUGCAUGAAAUUCUUGGAAACUGCCGAGUAUUAUAGUAUCUAUAUACUGGAACCCGGAAAGCUUUUCCUGAAAGAUGAGGACAUUUUGCAAGACACCCAUCCGACAUUGAGGUUCGAGACGACUUCCUCUUCUUCUCACAAUGUCGAGGCCGAACCCGAAGAGGAAGGAAACGCGGAAAUACUGCGUCUCUUACAGAAUAUGUUCCGAAAGCUUCUACAAGAUAUGACACCUGAUGAUUUCAAGGCAUAUCGUGGGGAGAGAGAAACAACAUUACUGCAUCGGGCUGCCAUCAUCCCAGGCCCGUUUGGCGUCUGGGCUACGCAAACAUUGUUAGAGAUGGGCGCUAGCACUAAGACAGUAGACGAGCUUGAAAGAACGCCACUCAAGUAUGCGAAGUCACAAGGCCUGAACAGGGUUUCCAUUUCGUUGUUGCGGCGCUGGCCGAAAGCCUCAUGA